AGUAGCCAUUCUGAGGUUUUCGUACAAACCUUAACUUCUACCAUACUGUCAGCCUGAGAUCCCAGGUAUACCGAUAUGGCUGGCCCAUCGAGCCCAUGGCGCCCGUCGGAUUCAGACUAUGCCUCGAAACCACCGAAUAAUUUCAAAAUUAGGCCUGAAGAAACGCAACUGGGGGAUCCGAUAUGGCGGCCACCACCAAAAGCGAAGCGCCGGUAUAAACCAGGAACAAAAGCUCUACGCGAAAUCAGAACGUAUCAGUCGAAUACAAAGCUUUUGGUAUCUAAACUACCAUUUGCCCGAUUGUGCCGUGAGAUAGGCCAGGCUUGCAGACCACAGGGUGCUGACUUCUAUUGGCAAACCCAAGCGCUUCAGGCGCUCCAGGAAGCCGCAGAAGCAUAUCUCGUAUACCUAUUCGAAGACGCAAAUCUUUGCGCCUUACACGCGAAGCGUGUAACACUGAUGCGGAAAGACAUUGUAUUAGCACGGAGGAUUCGUGGAGUACGAAUUGAUUAAGCAGCGACUUCCCAGCGGCUUGCCUGCAUGCAGAUCACUUGAAUAUUGAGGGGUAGGGGCCAGGAUUUCAUUAAUACGUCUUCGAUGGAAGUAGGGUCUCACCACCGCCAUGUACUUGCUCACGGUGAGCUUUUGUUAAAGUAUCAUCGAGGUUAUGCCAUUUUUCCUAAACACCUUGUCUUGUCUCAUCCUCACAGGGGUUUCAUUGCUAAACAGAUAGCGACGUACUCACUUCUUUGAUUGCCCGUGCUCUUCUUA